AUGCAUUUCACAUCGACAACCUUCUUCCUCGCCGCAGCCGUCAUCCUGCAAGGCGCUACAGCUCAAUUUUGCACGGGACCCCCCGCAGAUUGCAACUUCGAGGAUUGCCGAAUCAACUAUGCUGAUCCGUGGGCGGACUGCAAAACGAAGGGUUUUUAA